AUGCCUGCGCAAAGCUCACCACCGCGCAAAGCUCACCGCCGCCCCAAUCCCACACGCAAAGCCCGCAGACACCCCGCCAAGCCAUCGCCACGAUCACACCUGUAUCUUUCAUUUAAUGGGGAGAGACUAAUAGUGAAUUAUGUUGGAGAAGAAAUCCUACCCAAAAUUGUCAAGAAGAGGACCAGGAAGUUCAUCUGGCACCAGUCAAACCAAUAUGGCAAAAUUAAGCAUAACUGGAAGAAACCCAGAGAUAUUGACAGUAACGUGCAGAGAAGAUUCAAGUGUCAGAUCUUGAUGCCAAACAUUGGUUAUGGGAACAAUAAGAGAACAAAGCACAUGCUACUCAGUUACUUCUGGAAGUUUCUUGUUAAUAAUGUCAAGGAGCUGGAAGUGCUGCUGACAUGCAGCAAAUCUUACCAUGAUGAGAUUACCCACAAUGUUUUCUCCAAGAACUGCAAAGCCAUCAGGGAAAGCAAAGUAGCCCAACUGGCCAUCAGAGUCACCACUCCCAAUGUCAGACUGUGCAGGGAAUAA